CGGGGGGAGUCAGUCGAGCGGCGAGCGAGCGACAUGGCGGCGCGCCCACCCCGCGCGGCGGCCCCGCGGCCCGGGCCGCGCGAGUAGGUCGCCAUGCGCGAUGCGGUAUGAGGCAGCGCCGCGCCCGGCGGGCCGGCCCCCGCUAGCGGCGCCGCCCCCGCCAUGCGAGCGCCGCCGCUGCUGCUGCUGCUGCUGAUGGCGGCCGCGGGCCUGGCCGUGAGUCCGCUCGCGCGCCUCAACCCCUGGCUGAGCGCGUGCGACCUGGAGGAGGAGGGCGCGGGCGGCGUGCGAGAGUGCGGGGGCGCGGCGUGCGGCAGCGGCGGCGGCGCGGCCGAGCCGCUGACGAGGCGCGACGUGCCGCACCUGUGCGCGCUGGGGGCGGCUGCACGCGCGCGGCGCCUGGCAGAGCUGCGGCUGCGCGCUUGCUGCGAGCGCUCGCCUGCCUCAGCUCUGGACCGCGGCGCGCGCGCCGACGUGCUGGCUGGCGGGGAGCGCUGCGAGCGGACGCUGCACGAUCUGCUCGGCCUGGAUGCUAUGGUCGCGCGCGUGCACUGCGACUUCGUCGACGUCCUCAGUCGCUACGAUUGCGACCAGUCCUACUCCGUACACUCGUGUUACCAGUGCCAGGAAACUUAUCGGCGGUGGGCGUGUAGUACAAUGGUGCCACUUUGGGUAGAAGAAGGCGCAGAAGAAGGUGGGGAGGAGGGGGGUAGAUCUCGGCGAGCGCCGGCCGAGCACACAGCGCGCUGGCAUGCUCGGCAUCUCGAGCGUGUGGGCCACCUGGACCGGCGGCGCGGCGCCGGCGCCGGCGGCGUCGUGGGACGAUGGGUCCGCGCCGCCGCCGCUGGCCCAGGCCGGCCACUGGCCAGACUCAAGCCUUGCCUCUCAGUUUGUCAGCUCGUCGAGCAACACUGCCCAUAUUUCCUGCCGGCGGACCGCGCGCCUGCUUACCCCACACAGUACGCUGGCGAGCCCACCUUCCUAUGCCUCGACCCGCGCAUCCCAGAGACAGGAGCGCAGGCGAACAAGUCCAACUAUGGGCCAGACGAGUGUUGCUACUGGUACUGCGAGGGCCGGCUGUGCUACCGCUGCGAGGCGCGGCUGAGCGAGACCCUGCGGCCGGACGCGGAGCGCUGUCCGGCGGUGGACGAGCGCGUGCCCACCUGCUCCGUGCCGUACCAGGCGCCGGCAGCCGGCACCCGACCGCCGGUCUCACAUCCCGCGCUCCUCGCAGCGGCGCUCCUCUUUGUGCUCGCCGCGCAGUCUCGGACUCACUGGACAGCGUCCACGCCUCUAGUGAAUGUGCGCGGUUCGAGGUUAUAGUUUUACGUUAACGUGCGUCGCACCCUCACAUCCGCGAUCGCUGGCCUGCGAUCUGAACUUCUAUUAGUGCUGUACUUAUGAUAAUAAAUUACGCGCGGUUACGAGUUCGAUGAUCUAAGCGAUUCGCGGCGCCGGAGCGCAGGGCUCCGCCCCCGCGAGUGCCUAGGCGUAUAGACUAUAAGUUGAUAUUUGUGUCCGAAUGUUUGAUACACCCAAAUUAUAGAAACACCAAAUGUCUGGAAUUAUUACUUAUGCAUUUAUCUCGUAAGCGCUGUUUGCCGACGUUCCGGCCAGUAUGUUUAGUAAUGUUUUCGGCACAAAUCGUAAACGAACUACACUUAAAAUUUUGUGUCAUGUGAAGAUGUUAUGUAUAUUUUAAAUUUAACUCUAUUUUACAUCACUAACAGGAUAUUAACUUUCAGAUUUCAUUUGGAUUGAUUUUAUCAUGGCAUUAUGUUUGUUGGCAUUGAUUUGUAGUAUUUUAGUUUAACAGUAAAAAAUCUCUGGAACGAAUACACCAUAAUAGAUUCGAUGAGUUUGUUUAAGAAGUAUGUGAUACAAUACAUUAGAGCUCUGCAAGUCUAAACUAACUUGAUAAAAUUAUAUAAGUAAUAGUCGUACAUCAAUAGCAGAUCAUUUUCAAUAUGUCAUGAAAAAGUAAUUGUUCAUAAUUAUAACAUGCUUAUAAAAUUUUUAUUCUUUUACUAUAGUAAUAUUAUCAAUCGGAAUCGGUUCUUAGAGAAUUAUUUUCAUAUUGCAUUACAAGCGGAGGGGACGACGAGAGACUGGCAGAGAGAAGUUUCGGAAAAUGACACUAGAAAGCGCUGGUUUGACGCGGCACAGCUAAUGCCCCUCCGUCAGCGGAAUCGCCUAAUAGCUGGUCUAUAUUUAAUAUUGACUAAAGUAACAUAGGAUUAAAUAAAAGUAGUUGUUGUUUUGUAAGUAUUUAAGCAUGAUUAAUGCAUAUAAUGAAAAUUAUAUGUAAAUAUCCGUCUUAUGAACUAUCAUCAAAUAAUAUUGCAGAUGUAACAUGGUUGAAAAUGAUUUUUAUAUAAAUUGAUUUUAUAUAUAUUAUUGUACAAUUGUAUAUCGAGUCAAGUGUAUUAUGAAACAACUUUCAAUAUGGGCAUUGUCGGUCUCAUAUGUAUGUUAUAGGUGACAUAUUAUAUUUGUUAAUUUUUCUUUUGUUUAAAAAAUAAUUGUAGAAGUGUCGUUGAACAUUAUGUGAUCGAAAACAAAUAUAAUUAAUGGUUAUUAAGACUUUAUUGAAUGGACAUUUGUUGAGAUAUUGUCCUCGGGCGAGGAUGUAGUUGUUGUAUUCAAAUGAUAAAUGAUAAUAAUAUUAAGUAAGUUAUUUUUUACGUUUUUAUCGUGUACAUAAUGUCAAACGGUUUGUUGUUUCCACUCCCAUACUUGAAGUCACCGAAGGUGCUAAAGGUCUAUUACUGCUUUUUAAAUAUUUUCAUUGUUGACUUCCAUCUGUGUGUCUGUCUGUGAGAUGAUGGAAGUGCUAUCUCUGCCCUAGAUACAGGGUACAACAUGAAACUUUCUGUGUCGCCAUCAUAUCACUGCAGACGUUUGUUUCUCUCAAGUUCUGUGCUGUCAUAUGACGGUCCACUUCUAUCUCUAUUUAAGUAUACAACACUUAGUAUAACUGUCAGCUGUGGUAGAACAUGGGUAAAAAUUCUGAGUUUCGCUAACUUCUGUAUUCAACCGGCGAAUAGUGAUAAUAGGUGAUAGUUAAUUAUAUGUCACGAACCGCAAUCAAAUUCAUAUUCAAAUAUGGAUUUUGAAAAUAUGAUUCUAAAAUCGAGGUCGAUGUUGUUUCAAUCGAAUAUCAAAUUCGAUCGUGAUCCCUAGUGCCUUCACUUUCCAUGAAGUGAACGCAUCACACGACAGAACCAAGAAAGAAUACCACGCAAUCGGUUUAUUAACAAUAUGGUUCCAUCCGAGUAAGCAAUGAAUUUUUUAUUUUAUGCUAAGUCUUACAUUUCUUCACAUUGUCUUGAAAUUUUUACAUUCAUAUUUCAAAGAGUUGAAUAUUGAGAAUCAUAGUGAUAGUCUCUUCAAGAGAAUUUAAGGUAGGUAUUAGGGUUCGGAUUGUCUACAAUAAAGUUCAGAGUGGAUUGUUUGCAAUUGUACCAUAAAUAGAUGCAUUAUAAAGUAAAUAAAAUUAAUAUAAACUCAUGGAUAAUUACAAUUUUUUUGUAAAGGAUAUUUGCUGUUUUAUAUUUAAUUUAGUAAACAAAUGAGAGUACGUAAUAGGUAAAUCGCCAAGUUUAAUCAAAAUUUUAAUUAUAAUUACAUAUUCACCAAUUACAUAUAUAUUUAUUUAUUACUGGAACAUCAGCCACCAGUAAACUAGUCUCACAAUGAAUACUCAUUAAGCUCGCCACGAAGCUAUUAUAACUAUUUUUACACAUUUACGUGUAUCUAUAUAUAAGUUAAUUAUCAAGGUGUCUAAAAUUUAGUAAUAGAGAUUGAAUUACUAGAACAUAAUUGGAACAAUUACAAGCACUCGUUAAAACUUACACAUUGACCGUGCAUUUCUUCUUUGUGGGUGUUUAUGCUCUACACUCUUGAUAUCUUCAAUUGUUCACUAUUCUAUACUAGAGUAGAUGAUAAAAGACCAAAGGAGAGGAGUUCGGUUCGAAUGUUGUUUAUACAUACAUACUUACAGCAUCAUUCAAUUCUGUCAUUUUUUAUUAUAUAUUAAUUCACAUCGUAGAUUCGGAAUUGCGUCGUGCUAGAAAUAAAUCGGUGAGAAUGUUGCAUGUAAAUGUAUUUAUACUUGCAUAAACUAAAAUCAAGUUGACAACAAUGGCACUGACAAAAUAUUCUUAUUGAGCCGCUAAAGGUGUAAUAAAAUUGUUUUCGUAGGGACACAAAGUUAGCAAUAAAUAAUUCGUAGUAACUACUGAUUAAUCACUUAGAAUUCACACGUUAUCCAUGAGUCGUACUCGCUGUCAGCGAAUUCCGAGCCGGUGGAGAGCGCCUCGACGAAUGGCGCGGCGUGGCGUGGCGCGGCGUGGCGUGACGUGGCGACACUCCACCGCUCGCCACACGUCACGCACACACGCCUAAUCCCCUAGAUGUAGUCACAACGGUGUAUUUUAUUGAUAUUUCGUUGAACGUUUGGUGAUAGUGUGUACAUUAUGUUUUUGAAUAAUAUACGUAUGUUUUGAUGUACAUAAAUAAAGUGUAAAUGUUUAACGCACAAAUAAAUAUGAACAAAGAAAAGCUGAUUAUGUAAAGCAGUGUACGAAAACUUAUGUAUUUAGCUGUAACUAUAACUGGAAAGUAAUCGAUUAGGAAUACGAACUUAGGAUUUUCAGUACUCCGUCUGCUGCCGAAAUCGUGUACUAGUUUGAUUUUCAUUUCGUUGUUUGUAAAGACUCAGUUGAUGUUUGACGGUUUCGUUAGUUGCAUACUCAGCGAGUCUUGGUGGCAUCGAUUUUCAUUGUAAAUUAAUCAAUAAUGAGGGAAUUAACUAGAUGUACUGUUUGGUAUCUUAAGGUUUAUGUCCUCCAUGAUAGUCUAACACAUUUAACUGUCACAUGCACGCACAAACGCAGGAAAGCGCUUUCGGGGUCGUCCAUCGUCGUGUCAGUUCUCCACAGUAAAGUAGUAGUACAGUAAUCAAUAUAGAAUAAUGUAAGCAAAACACCAAAUAUUAGCCUUCUACGUACAACAAUAUGUGAAAUAAUGUGUAAUUAACAAAAACAAACAUGUCCGCGAUCAUGUUGAUGUUGAUAUUUUUAUACAGUACAUUAUUUUCAUUUUUAUAAGUAUUCUAAUGCUGGAAAAACGUUGCAACUGUCAAAGUGUAAGGCUAUUUCAUCUGUGGUAUUAAAGGUAUAGUAUGCUCGAUAACAGUAAUCUUAUAUGCCAGAAUUAAACUAAUAUUGGCAAAUUUUAAUACCACUCCGCUUUGAACAAAGAAUAAAGGCGCGGCCUAUCCACGAAUCAAUGCAGAACCGUACGUGCAGUGCGUCCAUUUCGUCAAUUCAAAAAAGUUAAACCUAUUUAAAACGAUGGAGCGGUAACGCUCUGCGUCGACGAAAAGCUCUUUGAAGCGCGUUAAGACCACGCACAAAUGAAUGCGGACUUUAUGGAGUAGUUAAUGGUUAACACUCUUCGAAUACUUUUAAUACACUUUAUGAGCAGAUCAUCAUUCAUAGUCUGGACUUAAAAAUCUAUUUCAACGAAAAUCAUUAUAUUUUACUAUUUGCCAAAUACCUUUAACAGUGAACAGAACAUUCAGGUUCAUUAGUAUAUUUAUAACUAAAAAAUUCAGUUUUUGAUAGUAUACAUUUACGAAUAUCUGUCGAAGCCAUUUUGAACAAAAAUACCUAUAAUAGAGUACUUCGAGUGCGUGUACUUCAUGUAAUGUCAGUGUUAUUAUAUUUAUGUUACUCCUUAUUUAUUAACUUAAAAUUUACCUCAGCGAUAUGCAAUCUUGUGUAUGUACGCGGAUACAAGUGAAAUUGAAUUUACUACUUAUAAAUAUUUUACUAGCCUAAAUUGAGCUGCGGAUGUAUCCUCGCACGUGCACUCUAAUGAGAGUGGUCUGAGUGAGAGAAGUGACGACAUACCACAAUAGUAUUACAUGGCCUUCAAUUUUACCAAUAUUUAGUGGAAGUGGAUUAGUGACUUAAGAUACAAUUGAUAUGUGUUAAAAGUCUUAUGAAAAAUCAAAUACAUUAUAAGUAAAUACUAUUUGGUGCGUUAUUUCAAACCGACACAUAAUUAAGUACCUAGGCAUUAAUGGUCCAUCAUUAAACCCCGAAAGUUACUGUUAUACCUGUCUUAUUUCUAAUUAUUGGAAUUCUUUAGAUUAUUUUUAUUAUAUAGAGAUUUACAACGCUUUUAUUUUAGUGUAUAUUUGAGACAGAAAUUUAGAAAAAUCUAACAUUUGGCUCAAGUUCUAUUUAUAUUAAGCAAGUGCCUGGUUUGUGCUUGCCUUUGCUCCGGUAACCAAGCGUCGGAGGAAAUCUACUAUUUAGAUAAAUAAAAAGGAUAUGACAUCGUGUAAUCUAUUACAGGAUAUGGGCUGUAACAUGAUACGACUAGUUAGUUACAUAGCUGAAUAACGGAUUUUUCUAAAUUCUGCAGCAUAUUUAAUUCAAGUGUCUGUUCAUAAAUUAGUAUAAAUAUAAUGUAUGUAAUUAGUGUUAUUUCCAUUUGAAUAUAAAUGUUUUGUGUUAAUUUGAUAGAGUUCUGUUGGACCUAGAUUCGAGUUGUAGCCCAGCCAUCGUCAUGCCAUGCGUUUAGUUAUUCCCGAAGAGCACUCUUACGGAACAUUUUAUGCUGGACAAACUAAACAGAAAAUCCAUUUGUGGUUGGCGUGAUUGAAUUUUUUUAGGUGGUGGUUCUCGAAGAUUGCGUUGAUCCAAUUAUUCCUAAUGAGUUCUAGAUCAUAUAAAUAUAUGAUUACGAGGACUUACGGCAUUAUGUUCCAAAUGUUUGUUUCUUUUUAAUAUCAAGUAUAAUAAAUGCACUAUUGAAAAAAAAA